CAGAAGAGUACACAGAAGUGUUGAGGACAUCUACACAUAUUCCUUCAGAAUUACAAGCAUCACUGGAAGAUGUGAGGGCAGAUUUGGGGGAUGAGGGACAUACAAGGCUAGUAUCAACAACAACCAACAUUGAGCAAGAAACCUCAACAUCUGUUGAGAAUGAAAGAAAGCCUGAAAGCUUUAGAUCAACAGAAGUGUCCCAGACAAUCAGUACCAACCAUAAUCUGCAACUACCCGAAUUAUUACAAAAGCUAAGGAUGCUCUGGAAUGAAGAGAAACACACCACUGAAAUAUCAGCAGAAGAAACUGCCAGUAAAAUGCUAGAAGACAUUCCAUCAAUCAAAGAACUGCAAAUGCUUUUGGAGGAACAUUAUUCAUUGCCAGAGCAAGAAACCUCAAAAUCUGUUGAGAAUGAAAGAAAGCCUGAAAGCUUUAGAUCAACAGAAGUGUCCCAGACAAUCAGUACCAACCAUAAUCUGCAACUGCCUGAAUUAUUACAAGAGCUAGGGAUACUCUGGAAUGAAGAGAAACGCACCACUGAAAUAUCAGCACAAGAAACUGCCAGUAAAAUGCUAGAAGACAUUCCAUCAAUCAAAGAACUGAAAAUGCUUUUGGAGGAAAAUUAUUCAUUGCCAGAGCAAGAAACCUCAACAUCUGUUGAGAAUGAAAGAAAGCCUGAAAGCUUUGGGUCAACAGAAGUUUCCAGGUCAAUCAGUACCAACCAUACUCCGCAACUACCUGAAUUAUUACAAGAGCUGAGGAUGCUCUGGAAUGAAGAGAGACACACCACUGAAAUAUCAGCACAAGAAACUGCCAGUAAAAUGCUAGAAGACAUUCCAUCAAUCAAAGAACUGCAAAUGCUUUUGGAGGAAAAUUAUUCAUUGCCAGUGCAAGAAACGUCGAUUCCUGCAAAUGAUGAUGGGAUUUCUGAGGUUCCUGCAGCAACACAAAAGUUCAGCACAAUGCAGUUCGUGUCACGACGAGAAAGUUCAAAUAAGGAGACGUCAGGGUAUUCCAUAGAAAAGGAAGGGGUCACUCCGUUCAAUCGUUUCGUUGCAGCUCCAGUUACCCAGGUGCCAUCCGAAGCAUACACUAUCCCCCAGGAGCCAAUCCUGAAUUUUUCAUCCUCAGAGGCAAACGACUUGACAUCGGAGACGCCAACCGAGCAGAGGAACAGAACCUCCAGUCAAGAAACUGAUGCCAUCACAGUGUUAACUGAGAGAGCAACCUUGGCAUUCCAUUCCGGAGGGAGCACUGCCUGGGGAAUCGAGACCGCGGCAAACGUGGCUCCCCGGGUCAAUUUUCUUGAUCAGACUGAGGAGGUGAAGAUGAACCAACAAGAGCCCACCACACUUUCGGCAAUCGAAAACAUGGAAAAAAUCCAUGAUACCCUGGAUGAAAUCUUGGAACUUUUGGGAGAUUAUGAUUAUUAG